AUGGCCCCCCCUGCUGCUACCCUGCCCCAGCCCACCGACGAGGCCGUCUUCUUCCACAAGCUCGCCACGAAGACGAACGGGACUGUGACGAACGGCUCGUAUGAUGUGCUGGAGGACUACAACGGGAACUACCGCUUCGCCCCGAUGAGGAGGCGCAGGUACUUCACCCAGAUGUACGAUCGUGCCGUCUCGGACGUCGUCAUCGUCGGUGCAGGUAGCGCGGGUCUUUCUUGUGCGUACCACCUCGCAAAGACGAGGCCCGACCUGAAGAUCACCAUCAUCGAGGCCGGUGUUGCUCCGGUACGUGGUGGUGCAUGGCUCGGCGGACAGCUCAUGACGCCCAUGGUCGUCCGCAAGCCCGCUGACCGCUUCCUCACCGAGAUCGGCGUCCCCUUCGAAGACGAAGGCGCCUUCGUCGUCGUCAAGCACGCCGCGCUCUUCACCUCGACCGUCCUCUCGCGCGUGCUCGCGUUCCCGAACGUCGUGCUGAUGAACGCGACCGCGGUCGAGGACCUCAUCGUGCGCGCGGACGCCGCGGGCCGGCAGCGCGUCGCGGGCGUCGUCACGAACUGGACGCUCGUCGCGCUCAACCACGACACGCAGAGCUGCAUGGACCCCAACGUCAUCACCGCGCCCGUCGUCGUCUCCGCGACGGGCCACGACGGCCCCAUGGGCGCGUUCUCCGCGAAGCGCCUCGUCAGCAUGGGCCUCCUCAAGGAGCUUGGGAACAUGCGCGGCCUCGACAUGAACCGCGCGGAGCCCGCGAUCGUCAACGGCACGCGCGAGGUCGCCCCGGGCCUCGUCAUGACUGGUAUGGAGCUCUCUGAGCACGACGGCUCGAACCGGAUGGGCCCGACUUUCGGUGCGAUGAUGGCGAGCGGCAUCAAGGCGGCCAAGGAGGCUAUCAGUAUCCUUGAGUCCUCUGAGAUCGUCGACGGCAAGAUCGUCGGCUGA